AUGAAAUUGCACUUAAAUGCAGCAAAAAUUUGAUUGGAAAUAACAAUUUCCCUUAUAAGCCUGAAAGAAAUGGAAGCCACUCAAUAAGGGACAGACAGUAAUAAUGAGAAAAGAAGAAAAAAAACUAAAAAAAUAUAUAUAUAGGAGAGAAUCAAUUAAUGUUGCAUUUCUCCAAUCACAAUGCUUGACAGUCAUUAUGAGAAAAAAAAAAUGGUGCAUUUUCACAAUCACUAAGCUUAACUAGUCUAUGGACCAUCCAAAGUAGGUGGUGUCAACCAAUUAUUUCACUGCUGGUGUAAUAGUGAUACAUGUUAGAGCCGAUUGGUCAUGGCUACCCACUUAAAAUAAGGCUGUGAUCACUGUAUGAUAUUUCUUGGGUUCCCUAUUGGGUACAUAUAUGUCCUCUAUAUAUUUGUAUGUGCAUAUGUAUAUUGUUAUAUGAUCUCAACUCUCAAGGCUAAAGUGCUUCCCUUGGUGUCCAAGACUGUAAGCAGCAGCAUCCUGCUCAUGAAAGAAACACUGAGGUACUUGGCAGGCAUUGCAGGCCCAAGUGGCUAUGGCUCAAAUUCAACAGCUGAGCAAGUCACUCAAGAUUGUGCCUGCUUAGUUCCUCUCCAUCUAACAGCUAUCGUCACCGGGGCUACCUCAGGUAUUGGAGUUGAAACUGCUAGAGUAUUGGCUAAGAGAGGUGUGAGACUAGUGAUUCCUGCAAGAGACUUGAAAAAAGCAGCUGAAGUGAAAGAAGCUAUACAGAAGGAGACUCCAAAGGCAGAGAUACUAAUAUUUGAGACUGAUUUAAGUUGCUUUGCUUCUGUGAAGAGAUUUGCUUCUGAUUUUCUUGCUUUAGGAAUACCCCUCAAUAUUCUCAUAAAUAAUGCUGGGAUAUUUUCUCAGAAUUUGGAAUUCUCAGAAGACAAAAUUGAGAUGACAUUCGCUACAAAUUGCUUAGGACAUUUUUUGUUGACAGAAUUGCUAUUGGAGAAAAUGGUAGAAACAGCAUCAGAGACAGGCAUCCAGGGGAGAAUAAUAAAUCUUUCCUCUGUAAUUCACAGUUGGGUGAAGAGAGAUUCUUUUUGCUUCAAUCAAAUGCUAAACCCAAAGAAUUACAGUGGCACACUUGCUUAUGCUCAAUCCAAAUUGGCAAAUAUAUUACAUUCCAAGGAAAUGGCUAGACAGUUGAAGGGAAGGAAUGCAAGAGUAACAAUCAAUGCAGUACAUCCAGGCAUUGUAAAAACAGGAAUAAUUAGAGCUCACAAGGGUUUCAUCACAGAUUCCCUGUACUUCAUUGCCUCCAAGUUACUAAAAUCAACAUCUCAGGGUGCAUCAACCACAUGUUAUGUUGCCUUGAGUCCACAGACAGAAGGUGUAAGUGGCAAAUACUUCGCAGACUGUAAUGAAAGCAGCUGCUCAGCUCUGGCCUGUGAUGAAUCUGAGGCACAGAAACUGUGGAGGCAGACCAGAGCACUCAUCCACAGACGGGUCUCACUCUACCAACCACCACCAGCUUGAUGUGUAUACUUUAACACUACAGAUUUUAGGAGCCACAUUGUAUAUAUAACCUGUAAACUAGUGUAUUAUAUGUGCAUAUGGCAAUUUA